AUGCUACUCAAGCGCCUUCUGUUGGCGGCUGCGGCCCUCAUGAUGACGGCGGUCAGCGCCAGCGUUGUCGCCCCGCCGGUGUCCGGGUCUCUGGACGUGCCAUCCCCCGAGCCACAGCUCACCGAUGAGCAGUCCGUCGCCGACGACUCCUCUCUACCCGGGGAUGCAGGCGACUGCAACUUCGGUCCUUGCAACGCUACGCCGGGAGAGCGGUCGACCGCCGCCGAGCCAACAUUCACUGAUGAGGCACCUUCCACCGAAGAUUCCUCUGGAUCCGAGGCUAUCCCGCCUCCUCCUCCGCCAUGCCUCGCCUGCACAUACCUGUACAACGCCUGCAUGAACCGCUGCGGUCGCCGCAGUGGCUGCUACGAAUGGUGCCAUUGCCAGACAGGAAAGGUCUCACGCUGCGGAGGGUGCGGAUACCCCGAUUGUGACGAUACUCUGUCUGAAGCCCUCCAAGGCAUCGAGCAGCGAUCACCGUCUGACGCCGACAAUGCCGCAUCUGAGGCUAUCCCACCACCCCCUCCGCGAUGCCUCGUCUGUGUACAUCAGUACAACAGCUGCAUGAACCGUUGCGGUCGCGGCCCUGGCUGCGACUCCUGGUGCCGAUGCGAUAUCGGCAAGAGCAGUGCGCGCUGCAGGGGGGCUUGCGGGUACCCUGUCUGUGACGCCCCUCAGCCUAUUGCACAGAUCGAGACCAGCCCAGUUUCGACACUUCAGGUGGUUCCGCGCGCGGACGAUCCGGACAAGGUCUGCAUCGCAAAAUACAACGAGUACAUUGAGUGUUACCGUCAACGCUGUCAGAACGCCGACUGCAAGGCUGAAUGUAUGAAGCCCUUCUGCGCCAGCCUUCCAUCAGACGACACGCGCAGCUGCAACAGCGCUCGUGAGAUCUGCCGCAACGCCACUCCUACGUCAACGCCUCCUGCUGCUAUGCGGGUAUAACAACUACGACAGUACAAGUGGGCUUCACUUUGACGGCCGGAUCUGGUAAUGCAAGCUAGGGUGGUCGUGGUUCUCUAAGCGGAAUGCGCACCUGAUUGAUGGCAAGAGUGGUGGUAUCCAGAGGACUUUCGGGGGCAAUCUCUACCAAGACUUCCAUGGGCAGUUUUACAGCCCUUGCAAUAUGAUGCAACACGGAUAGAAACGCUCGAAUAGCUAGC